AUGCAGUUGGCUAAUUUUACGCGGUAUUUACGUGACAUAUUUGUGAAAUUACAUAAAUGUGAUGUGUGUGAAAAGUAUAUUAAGUGGACCUCGGAUCUUAAAGUUCACAUGAGAGUUCACACUGGUGAGAAACCUUUUGAAUGUGAUUUCUGUAAAAAGACUUUUGCACAAAAAAACAGUCUUGUUAUUCAUAGGAGAAUACAUACAGGUGAAAGGCCAUAUAAAUGUGAUGUUUGUGAAAAAUGUUUUACAUCCUCAUGGAGCAAAACAGCACACAUGAGAGUACAUUCUAGGGAAAAACCAUUCAUGUGUUCUAUCUGUGGAUAUAACUUUAGUCAAUCAUGUUCCCUAAAAGUUCACAUGAAAAUACAUUCUGGAGAAAAACCUUAUCAAUGCGAUGUUUGUGAGAAAUAUUUUUCACAGACAAGUCACCUUAAAAGUCACAAAAGAAUUCAUACCGGAGAAAAAUCACAUUUUUGUGAUGUUUGUCAAAAAGGUUUCAUAUCUGCAUCGAAUCUUGCAGUUCACAAAAGAAUCCAUACAGGCUACAAACCUUAUGUUUGUGAAGUUUGUAACAGGAGCUUUAGGCAAAAAAAUCAUCACACUAUUCAUAUGAGGUUACACACAAAAAUCAAACCUUACAAAUGUGAUUUUUGUGAAAAAUACUUCAGGACAUCUUCGAAUCGAAUAUCUCACAUGAAAAUACAUUCUGAAGAAAAACCUUAUAAAUGUUAUGUUUGUGACAAAGGUUUUAAAACAUCAUGCGAACUAAAUGUCCACGUAAGAGUGCAUACGGGAGAGAAACCCUAUGAGUGUGAUGUUUGUAGAAAGCGUUUUAGUCGACAAAAUAAUUAUAAAAGCCACAUGCAAAUACAUAAUAGAAAGGAUCCAUAUAAAUGCGAUAUUUGUAAAAGACGUUUUGCAGAUACAAGUUUCCUCCAUAAUCACUUUAAAACAAAUUCUUGUUUUAAACCUUACAAAUGUGAUGUUUGUAAAAAGGAAUUUACUCGUCGAAGCACUCUGAAUGUCCAUAUGAGAAUACAUACAGGAGAGAAACCUUACAUGUGUGAUGAAUGUAGAACGUCCUAUAAUAGUCAAUACCAACUUAAAAAACAUAUGAUGGAACAUACUGGAGAGAAUCCAGACAUAUUAUGUGAUGUUUGUGGCAAGUGUUUUACACUGUCGUCAAGUCUUAAGAUUCAUAUGAGGAAACAUACUGGAGAGAAACCAUAUAAAUGUGAUGUUUGUACUAUGUGUUAUGAUCGGUUAUAUAAACUUAAAAAUCACAAGAGAAUACAUAAUAUUGAAGAAAAAUGUGAGGACUAA